AUGAGGAAUUUGCCAGGAUUGUUUCUGUUUGUCGUAUUGCUAGUCUCAGUUUCUCGCGGGUAUGAGUAUCAGUGUGAGCCAGGAACCGAUCCAACAGUAUGCAGUCUCUGGAACUUUCAAAAUAGCAAGAAAAACACUCAGUCCUCUGUGAAAAUGCCGUCAAGUGUUAAAAAGGUUCGACUCAACAUGGAGCAAGAUUACUACGAACGUCAUUUGGGCAUCAACGUUUACGAUUCCGUCCUUCAUUUGACCAUCCUACACAAUCCGACCUCCGUGCAGAUAGAAUCCAACCAUAUUUCGGAUCUGUACAUGCCGACCGAUCUCCAGAUGGGCGAAUUCAAGCGAUGCUCAAUUUCAGAUGUGCACAUUGAUUCGAGCUUGUCAUACUCAGUAACCUAUCUGAGUCUCCAGGACAAUUCCAUCACAGAUAUCUCCAACUUUUCCGCUCUGGUAAAACUACAGACGCUCAACCUCGAGGGCAACAUGAUUCGGAAGGUAGAUGGGAAAAUCUUCGCCGGUAUGCAUAAUUUAUCAACGCUAUAUCUCGGAGACAACUCUAUAAAGCAACUAGAUUUUAAAGUGUUCCCCAAGGCGCUCGUCAACCUCUGGUUAGGACAGAAUCAGCUCUCCACUAUCAAUUUUGUCAAUGUAUCCUUACCUAUCCUCACUGUGCUGGAUCUGGAGGGUAACUUACUGGGAACGAUUGACUUGGCAGGGUUGGGUACGGCCGUUCCCGAACUUCGUUUUCUUCUGAUCGCACUCAAUCCGUUUAAUCAGAGCGAAGCAAGAAGCAUUACAACUGAUCUUAAAAGGCGUAACGUGUCCUCCUCACUCUGGUUAAUGGAACCGAACUGUGAAGAGUACAUGUUUAAGGUUUCAAACGUCUGUUUUAUUAAGCCAGAAGCGAUAGUCGAAGGAACAAACUUUGUAGAACAGUCGAUCGGUAAGGCAUUGGUACUUCUGGUGUUGGCGGCAAUACUGCUAAUGGUAUUUACUGCUAGUUUGCGAUGGAUUUGGCACCAGAUGCGGAACUAA